AUGAUAUUUGCAUUAACCCUACACGAGAGCACAAACCGAAUGUAUUUAGCACCUGACUUGGGCUUGUCUAAACUGUUUUCUUUAUAUAAAGAAGAAACACCACCUUCUGAACAAGUGUCAAAUUUUAUGUUUAGAAAAGUUUUUAAUCAGCAAUUCAACCUAUCUUUUCAUGCACCAAUUACUGAUUCCUGUAAAAAAUGUGAUAAUUUUAAAAUAAAAAUAGAAGCUGAAAAAACGUCUGUCAAAAAGGAUGAACUUGAUUCUCAAAGGAAACUACAUCUCUUAAAAGCUGAAUCUGCAAGAAAUAAUUUUAAAAUAGAUAAGAAUAGACCUGCAAAUGAUUCUGAUUUUACAGUUAUAGUAUUUGAUUUCAUGAAAACUUUACCAACACCUGUUAUUUCCACAGGAAUUUUCUAUUAUAAAAGGCAGCUUUGGCCUUACUGCCUGGGAAUUCAUAAUGCUCAUAAUGAUGAAGUAACAAUGUAUGUGUGGGAUGAAACUAUAGCUUCUAGGGGUCCUAUGGAGAUUGGUUCCUGCUUGUUGCGUUUCAUCAAAGAGAAAGUCAAGACUGAAAAGUUAAUUAUGAACUCAGACCAGUGCGGUGGUCAAAAUAGAAAUAUUAAAAUGACUACUUUUUGCCAUUAUAUUGUUAGUACCGGAUUUCUUGCUACGGGUCGAACAUAUACAGAUUUGCAGUAUUCAUUUAGGAUGGGAAUCGCAACAAUCAGUAAGAUCGUGGACGAAGUGUGUAAAGUAAUAUGGGAAACGCUACACGAUGAAUGCAUACCAACAACAAAAACACCUGAUAUGUGGCAAAAUAUUGCUGCCAGAUGA